CAACAAAAACAGUGGUUGUGUGUGAAAAAGAUGGAAGAAAUGUUCGUGCGAAAAACUAAAUAAAAAAUAAACGCAAUAAUGCAAGGGAAAGUGCAAAAAAUUCAAGCCUGACGCAGACUGCAAGAGAGAAAAAAAGAAAGAAGAGAAUAAAACAGUUUCGGCAAACGCAAACCAAAACGCAACGAAAAAUAGUGUAGCCACGCAUUGCAAAGGCAUUAUCCUUGUCGUGAUUCUCUGUUACCUUUAGCAGCGGCAGCUGUGCCGUCUGCGCGUGUGUUGUCCUUGGGUGCGAAUUUCACAAAAAAAACUCACAAUGCCGCCAGCCUUAAUUGCAAUCUCCGAAUUUGUGGAGGAGACGCGUUCAGACUACAAUUCCCCAACUACCUCCACAUUUGCUUCCCGCAUGCCAGAUUUUCGUCAAACAAUCAGCAUAUUAGAUGAGCGCCUGGAAUUUGAUCGCGAGGGGUUAACCAAACUGAAGAAGGCGGUUAAGGCCAUACAUAACUCAGGAAACACCCACGUAGACAACGAAAUGUUUAUGGUGCGCGCUAUGGAACGUUUAGGUGGAAAGGUGAUUGACCAGGAUGAGCCAGACAUUGGCGCUGCCUUUCUUAAAUUCAGCGUUGUCACUAAAGAAUUAAGUGCAUUGAUGAAAACUCUGAUGCAAAACAUAAAUAACAUUGUAAUGUUUCCGGUAGACUCUAUGCUAAAAAGUGAACUUCGUGGCGUAAAAGGUGAUAUGAAGCGCCCCUUUGAUAAGGCGGCUAAGGACUAUGAAGCUAAGUUUAUUAAAAUCGAAAAGGAAAAAAAAGCUCAGGCCAAGGAGGCUGGAAUGGUACGGACAGAAAUCGAUGCCGCUGUUGUGGCCGACGAAAUGGAAAAAGAGCGACGCCUGUAUCAGUUACAGAGCUGUGAAUAUCUUUUAAAAUACAAGGAGAUCAAAACAAAAACAGGCAUUGAGUUGCUGCAACACUUUAUUGAGUAUUAUCAUGCUCUAAACAAUUAUUUUAAAGAUGGUCUUCAGACUAUCGAACAUUUUGGCACUUACAUUGGCGACCUGAGCGAUAAGCUGCAUGUGAUUAAGCAGAAGCAAGACGAAGAUCGGAGAAGCUUACUAGAUUUGCGAGCACUGCUGCGCAGCACACCUGAUUUUGAACGUAUGGAUAAUAUGCCUACCGCAGAGAGUCGAACCGGGGGAGUUGGUUAUUCCCUGCAUCAGUUGCAAGGCGAUAAACACCACGGAGUGACGCGGCAGGGUCAUUUGCUUAAAAAGAGCGAGGGCAAGGUGCGCCGAGUCUGGCAGAAAAGACGGUGCCGUGUGACCAGCGAUGGGUUCUUGGACAUUUUCCAUGCUGAUGAGUCCAAGCCACCAACGAGAGUUAACCUUUUGACCUGCCAGAUUAAGCCUGUGCCAGAUGACAAACGUGGAUUUGAUCUUAUUAGCUACAAUCGUCCAUAUCACUUUCAGGCUGAGGAUGAGCCCGAUCAAAAGGCCUGGAUGGCAGUUUUGGUUAAUUGCAAAGAGAAAGCACUGACCAAGGCCUUCCAGCAUGCCAAUCCACAAAUGAGUCCCAGCUUGGUAGAGUUGCAAAAGACUGUCAUCCGUUAUGUGCAACUGCUUCCUGGGAAUGAUCGUUGUUGCGAUUGCGGUUCCCGUAAUGAUGUCACCUGGAUAAGUCUAAAUUUCGGUAUUCUCGUUUGCAUACAGUGUUCGGGAGUUCAUCGUGAUCUCGGUGUGCAUCAUUCCCGUAUACAAAGUCUGACGCUGGACAAUCUAACUACGGCCAAUUUAUUAAUUGCAAGGGCUAUGGGUAAUAGUACCCUUAACGACAUCAUGGAGGCUAAACUGGUUAGAGGCAAACUACAGCAUGAAAGCAGCAUGGAAGAACGCUAUGAUUUCAUAAGGGCCAAAUAUGUGGCCAAGCGUUACGUUAUGCGGACUUGUUCGGACGACAGUGAUCUGAGAUGCGAUUUGGAACAAGCAAUCGUAAAUGCAGACAUGAGCCAAUUGCUUCAAGUGUGGGCUGAGGGAGCAGAUCUUACCUGCUGUCUUCCUAGCUCUGAUGCUGGAGAAACGUCUCUUCAUUUGGCUGUGUUAAGAGAAAUGGGCUCCACUUUGCAUAUAGUCGACUUUCUCAUCCAAAAUAUGUCACCCAAAGGCCUAAACAAGUCCACUAAUCCUCCAGGCCUCUUAGAUGUGACUGGAAAGAAUACAGCACUCCACCUAUGUGCUUUACAUGAUCGGAGAGAGUGCAUGAAAUUGCUAUUACGAUCAGGAGCCGAUUUUGAAUUAAGAAAUUCACAAAAUAAAACGGCGCUGGAUAUAGCCAAAGAGAUGGGACACAAUGGAUGCAAGGAGCUGAUUGAAUGUGCCAUAAAGAGAGAGAAGAGCGCUUUUGAUCACAUUAAUACGGACUGGAAUCUGCCCAAUGAGGAUGGAUCCACGGAUUUCAGUGACGAUGAGACGGUUAUAGAUGAGCGGAAAUCUCGUUCUCGUCCACCAAGUUUUGCUGGUGGGGAUUCGCCUGUUUUACGCUCUCGCUCUUCUACCUGUGACUCCAUACAGUCCAGUUCUAGUCCUGUUGCCAAUUGUCCGAGCCGUCAAUUUACGUUGCCCUCGGGCUUGCCUGCCUAUACCCAAUCGGCUGGCACUUCGCCCAAACAGCAUAUUAAUGUGGGUCAGUAUUUAGGCAGUGGAAGUAAUGUGGGCACAAAUACUGGAAAUGGCGGCUCAAGUCCCAGUUCUGUCUCCAGUCAGAAUAUGCGCGGUACCAGAAACAGCCUAACCAUGCAAAGCGAUUUGACGGGCCAUAUAAUCGGAGCUCGAAAAUCCACAUCAACAGCGAAUAUGAAUUCACUUAAAAAGCGUACUGCACCAGCUCCACCACCGGGAACUUUGGGUAGUACUUCAUCUAGUUCAUUUUAUGGAACGUUACCACAUCCCCCCAGGCAUUCUCAGAAUUUUGACACCAAUCACAAGAAUCAGUCAGUGGAUGGGGUAUAUGGUACGUUACCUCAUCUACGCAGUAUAGAAAGUAGCCCAAGAGUUGCUGCUGGCACAGGAUAUCAUGUCUGCCAGGAUACAGGCGGAGGCAUGGCCGGGAAUGGUGGCAUAAUACCAGUCUUGACUACAUUCGGACACAAACGUUCACCGAGUGGGGAAUCGCUUAAUCGUAAUAUACAUCUAGCAGGAGCCAAGUUAGUAUUGCCGCCCACUGGAGAACUCCCUACAUUAAAACAUAUAGAUAAAUUGGCUUUAGUACGACCCAAAAUACCACCACCAGGACCACCCGCAGAGCGGGAAAUUUCUAAUGGUCAGUCUAAUGAAAGCAUCAGUUCCAUGGACGAGGGACCCAUUGCUCCACCGCGUAAGCGCAAGCAAGACAUCUUGUUGAGAUUAGCCCAGUCCAGCGAGGAGACGAUAAUAAAUCAAUCGGCCAAUUUCACUGACUAUGAGUCCUGGCACACAGACAUGGACAGCUCUGGUGGUGGUCUGGAUAACUCGGCUGAGUCGAAUAUCUCUUCUAGCGACAAUGAUCGCCUCAACUCCUCGCCAGAUAAUCAAACGAAGACUGGAAAGAUAAAUUUAAAUGCUCAGCGUCGUUGUCGUGCGUUAUACGAUUGCGUAGCCGAUAAUGAUGAUGAACUGGAAUUCAAAGAGGGCGAAAUUUUGAUUGUACUCAAUGAGCGAACCGACGAUGAGAACUGGAUGGAAGGAAUUAUCGAAGGGCAGCCAGAGAGGCGCGGCAUGUUUCCCGUUAGUUUUGUUCACAUGUUGCCUGAUUAAGGCAAAACAGGUUGACAGAGAUUAUAUAUUAGAUUAUAUACGUACGCUUAAGUGCGUUAUAUGUAUGUUUUUUAAAUUGUAAUAUUUUUUGUAUUAUAUACGACAUGCAUUCUAUUUAUUA